UUGGAAAAACGACGCUUGGUAUCCGGAUAUUCGGCCGCCACGACGAGCGUCAAUCCUUCUUCGAGGCAAGCCGCAGCAUGAAGCUCAACCCGAACGCAACCUCCUUUGUACCGACGUGGUCGUCGGCGCCGCCCGCGCCGCCGCCGCCUCCGCCGAUGACCGCCGACCCGCAGUACACAAGCGAGUGGGACAGUGCUAACGGCGGGGGCUGGGCCGACGACGAUGGCGCAGACUUUUGCGACGACGCCGAGGUUGACGAACUCCUCGCUGAGAUCGAGCGCGUCCAAAUGGAAGAGGAGCUGAGCCGUGAAUACAACGAGCUCAAGGCGCAGGGCAAGACGGAAGAAGCUGAGCUCUGGAGCCGCUGGAUGGUCUCGCCGCCGUCGCCGCUCUCGCCGCCCGCGCCGCGCCAACACAAGAAGCACACGCACCAUCCGCAACCCUCCCAGUAUGGCAAGCAACCAUAUCACAACAGCUACAAGAGCCGCAGCGGCCCGUUGUACAACCCGCGCGGCACGUACGCACCGCACAACCCUGUCACGGCCUCGGUCCCGUUCCAGUAG